AUGGCGAAUCCCUUCUUGAUGGACGAUGAACCGAUGGGUGGAUUGGAACCAGUAUCUAAUCCAUUUUUGUUCGGUGAUGACGCACAAGACGAUGCUGGAGAUGGGAUGGGAGUUGAUGAUAAUCCGUUCUUAGCGUCGCAGGCUGUCAACCCGUUUGCGGACUAUGGUUGUGAGGCGGAAGAAGAAAUGCCGACUACAAAUCACUUGUUCGGAACAGCGGAGAUCAACACAGUUAUGGCGCCACCAGUGGCUACAACAGGUGCGGAGAUAUUCGGCGUUAGUGAUGCUAUCAUGACUCAGAGCAGUGUUGGUGCAGGAACUGCGAAUUUUUUCGAUACAACAAUUAACGAAGACGAUGAUUUAAUCAUUCCAAAACCAACAGAUUUGCAACUUGGACCGCACACCAAUAGCAACUUGAUGGACGAUAAUUUGAUGAAUGCAUAUUCCAGUGAAGAUGAGCUUCGAUCAGCAGCCGCUAAAGUAGCCACUAAUGGAAAGAUGCCACCACCGCGUCCUGUGCCGCCACCAUCUCACGCGACCCAACAACUGAUCAGUUCGAUUGCUAAUCAACUCGACCAAACAAGCACAAAUCUGUUGCAAAAGAUCCCCGCUACCAGAACGCCUAGUCCGGUGUCCAUGAGGGAUUUGCAUUCCCCAAGUCCGACACCGGAGUUUGGUGAUCUGUUGGCCAUUGGCGAUCAACCGAAGCAACUAUUACAGGAUGAUAUAUUUGGCACCACGGAUAAUCCAUUCGCGGAACAGAUCGCCGCAGUUCCGACUGUUCCCGCUUCAAAGCCAGAAGUUCAAAAGCCUCCUCGUCCAAAACCACCUCCACCUCGUCCAGCACCACCACGAAGUUCGCAAGCCUCGUCUCCAUCAUCAGCAUCUCAACCAGCUAUACCCGCAGCACCAAACCAUGCGCAACCUCCUCAACAAGACGCAGACCUGUUCGAUCUUUUCGGUACCGCUACACAAGCAAAAACCGCACCUCCAAAGCCACCGGCACCAAAAACGAAAGAAGAUAUUCUAUCUCUAUUCUCCACACCACCAUCAGCGGCAGCGCCUGUUGAACCCAAACCAACCGAUUUGCUAAGCGGAGAUUUCGAUGACAUAUUUGGUGGCUCAUCGGAACAACCAGCUGAAAGUUUUGUCCCGAAUCUAUCGGAAAAUUUGGUACAGACCCAGAUCCCACAAGCAGUGGAAGCAGAACCCACAGAAAUUCAAAUGGAAGAAGAACCACCAAUCGAAGAACCGCAUCAGCAACCUGAAAUAGUUCUCGACGCAGCCCCAGUGUCAGACGAAAUGGUCACGAUGCGUUCGGAAGCAUCAUCCGAUUUCAGCCCCACGGGUUCGAAUGUGACUUCAGGAAAUAUUCCUAGCUCGGUUUCGGGUAGUAUUGUUAACAUACCAGCCAUCGAAAAGACUGAAGAUAUCAUGACGGAGAAUGAUGCUGAACCAGUUUAUGAACCACCUGUCGAAGAACCUUCUGGUAUGGAAUUGUAUAACGAUGCAGAAGAGCUCGCUCCAGCUGUAUCAACAGUUGCGUCUCAACUUUUCUAUGCUGAACCGGAGACCACAGUUGCGCAGACAUACUCGACCUCAGAGGCUGUAAAUCCUUUCGCACUUGAGGAGGAUGACGUGUAUGCUCCGCAAACACAAGUGGUGUCCAAUGCAAUGGACUACACAAAUGAAGUGUUCGGUAAUGCUACCAAUAAUAAUCCAGCAGUGACCACAACGACAGUGGUGCCAGAUCCACUGGAUAACUUUGUUCAACCAAGGGAACCGGAUGCGUUUGAUUCAUUUGCUGCCAAGUUCGAGGGUGUACAGAAUAAGAUAAGUGCCAGUGCAAGCGGGAACAUAUUUUUGGAUACGGAUCUCGGAAGUGGUGGUGAUGCGUUUGGAAGUGUCGGAGUGGCAGGCGGCAACGAUGCAUGGGGUUCGUCGGAUAUCACCGGUGGAAUUGGAUUCGACGGUGGAGAUGGAUUUGGUAAUGAUGAAGGUUUCGAUGAUCCAUUCCUUUCGAUGCAAGCUCCGCCAGCACCAGAGGGAACACCGUUCGCCAGAUCACAUUCACGAGACUCGGACGAGGGUAAUCAGUUUAAUGUGGUAAUACGACCGAAGGAUGGCCAUGAGGUAGGAUUGGCACCAGCCCUAGCACCACCGCCACCCAAGAGCCCCCAAACGGCAUCAAUAUAUUCAGGAGACUCUUCGCCGCGGGUCAACCCAUUCGACACUUCGGGUGAAGCUACGCUGGCAGCACUUCCCGAUGCAACGCCACAAUUACAACGCACCGAUUCGCAAGAAACACCGCCUACUCCGCUGUUCGAUGAAGACGUUUCUCAGCCUUUGGAAGACUUUCCACGCAUUACUUACCAUGGCGAGGGUUGGGAGAUGCAGCUACGUCAACCGAAUAAGAAGAAAAUCACUGGGCAGCGGUUUUGGAAGAAAAUAUUCAUCCGGCUGGUGUUCCAGGGUGACAAUCCGGUGCUGCAGCUGUUCAACGCUCAAAAAGACAAGGAUCCAUUCCAGGAACUGCCACUGCAAGCGUGCUAUUCGGUGUCGGAAAUCAGUGGGCAGCAGUAUGAUAAUUUCGGCAAGAUAUUUACUAUUAAACUUCAGUAUGUGUUUUACAAAGAACGACCCGGUGUUCGACCCGGUCAGGUAACCAAAGCCGAACGCUUAACAAACAAGCUUAGCCAGUUUGCCGCGUAUGCUAUCCAGGGUGAUUAUCAAGGCGUUAAAGAGCUUGGAAGUGAUUUGAAGAAGUUGGGUCUUCCCGUUGAACAUGCACCGCAAAUUUCCCAGCUUUUCAAACUCGGAUCGAUGAACUAUGAAGACAUGAAGCAGUUUUCCGUGUGUAUUGAAGAAGCUUUGUUCAAGAUGAAUGUGCAUCGUGAUCGAGCGCUUACUUACAAAUCUGAGGAAGUGCAGGUUACUGCUGUUGAUGAACUGUACGUUGAGCAAGAUGCCGAAGGUCACGUGGAAAAACAAAUUGCACGGGUCAGAUUGUACUUCUUGGCUUUUAUGUCUGGAAUGCCCGACAUUGAACUGGGAGUCAAUGACCUGUGGCGCCAAGGUAAGGAAGUGGUCGGCCGUCAUGAUAUUAUUCCAGUGGUAACGGAAGAGUGGAUUCGGUUAGAGGGCGUUGAAUUUCAUGGAUGCGUUCAGCAAGACGAGUAUGAGCGCAGUAGAACGAUCAAAUUCAAACCACCAGACGCGUGCUACAUCGAAUUGAUGCGUUUCCGAGUGCGGCCACCGAAAAAUCGGGAACUUCCACUACAGCUGAAGGCAACCUGGCAUGUGAUUGGUAACAAAGUAGAGUUGCGUGCGGAUGUGUUGGUUCCAGGAUUUGCCUCUAGAAAACUUGGUCAAAUUCCUUGUGAAGAUGUGUCGAUCCGUUUUCCCAUUCCAGAAUGUUGGAUAUAUUUGUUCAGAGUCGAGAAACAUUUUAGAUACGGAUCUGUAAAGUCAGCUCAUCGCCGGACCGGAAAAAUCAAAGGAAUAGAGCGUAUUCUUGGUACCAUGGAAACGCUGCAGGAAUCGUUGAUUGAGGUUACUUCGGGUCAAGCGAAAUACGAACAUCAUCACAGGGCCAUCGUAUGGCGUUGUCCCCGGCUGCCGAAAGAAGGUCAGGGAGCCUACACAACCCAUCAGCUAGUUUGCCGGAUGGCGCUAACAAGUUUCGAUCAGAUUCCGGAACAGCUGGCACCGUACGCCUAUGUAGAAUUUACCAUGCCCGCAACACAGGUUUCGCACACGACAGUUCGUUCCAUUAGCGUGCAGGAAUCGGACAGCGAUGAACCACCGGAAAAAUAUGUCCGCUAUUUGGCGAGACAUGAGUAUAGAGUUGGCAUUGAACAUACAACAGCUGAUACGGUGAAUGCAUAUUUGGCGGCAACUACAGUUACCAAGCAACCUAUACAGGAAGAACAACCUAUGGCUACUACGCCAAUUGCUCCGAGCGAUUCGGAUUCGGAUUCAAACUAAAUCAACUGUCCUAGGCUAACAAGGCAUGCUCUUAAGCAAUAAGAUAGUUCUUCAUAACGUUUUUUUGGUUUUUAAACGUUUUGAAUUUUCUUUGAUUUAGUUCAAGUUGUUCAAAAUAGUACGAUUUGAAUAGCGAAUCAACUCGUAGCUGUAAUUUAUCAAUCAAGCAAAAAGAAUGAUUUCAUAAUGGUGCAGCUUAUAGAUAUAAAUGAAGCCGUAGUUACAAAUACUUUCAAGGCAGAAAAAAUAAAUUGUAGCGAAACGUUCAGUUAUAUAUUGUAGAUGUUGCUAACUAAUGUUUAUUUGACAAUAAAAGUAAAAAUAAUAAUUGUUGAAGGAUAAAAAUGACAAAACCAACUCACAAAAAGUAUUAAAUUCCUUAUGUCAUAUACUGUUGCUGUAAGAUAAAACGUGUUUUUGUUUUAAUAAUUCCAAAGUGUAAGGUUUGUAAAAAAUGAAUAAGUGUACUAAAAAAGUUUUGUUUGUCUCUUAUUUCUAAUCAUCGACUUUAAUUUGUUACACAAUCAUCAUUGACUUUUAAAUGCAGAUGAUUGUAAUUUUCUUCAACACUUUCAAACGAUAAAUGCUUUAUUGUCACACAUAUCAACAAUUUCCAUUUUACUUAUGUUCCUGAUUCAAUUUAUCUAUAAAACACUCGGAAGGCGCAAUUUUGAAAUCGUCUAAAAAAACCCAUCAAAUCCAAGCAAGCCAGUUGUCAUCGCUUUACUGCUAAGGCAAUAACAGAUAGCAAUAUCGGCUUAGAAAACUCAUAAAAAUAUGUAGAUUUUACGUUAAAAAUAAACUGAACAUCUAUAGCGAUGCAUAUUCGUUGAGGCGCUUUGUCCAUGAAAUCUACUUAAAAAAAACAAUAGCAAAUGCGAGCUCAUAUACAUUUUGCGUGAAAUUUAACCGAGUUGUUACUGUAUGGCAUUCAUUUUUAACGAAGAUAGAAGAGAAUAUUUUAUGAGGAAUGUAUUUGAGGUCACUCAAAUUUGAUUGUACAACAUUUUCUUAAUUAUGAUUUUUCAUUCACGUUACAGAAAUAAUAAGUUUUAUAAUAGGCAUUGACAUUAAAGUAAAUAGAAAAUUUAGUUUCGCAAUUAAAACUCCAUUUUAAUUUUUUUUCAGAAUCGAAUGCACCAAGAAAAAACAGAUAAGUUCAGCUGAAGCAAAACACAAAUAUCCGUUUCCCGCUGAAAUGACCAGUUCAUUGAAGUAUAUGUAGUUUGACAUAUGAAAAACUUGAAAUCUAGCAUAAAAAGUUGUACAUGUAUUACCAAAAUUUACCAGAAUAUGGAUUGUGAAAAAAAAAACUAAGAGAAGAUCUUCAACUAGCAUAAAUAAAAUUAAAUUCGUGUAACGCGUACAGUGAAACCACAACAGGUAGCUUACCAAAUAAUGUGAAAAAUAUUAACUAGGUGUAAACGAUUGUAACCAGAUAAAGAUCUAGGAUAAAUUCUAACUGAUAGUAGUCACUAGAAUCGACGAUAUGAAAAUACACUCUGAAGCUGUUUAACCCUUGCAACAUUGGAACCACACACACGACGGAUAAAGUCCGACUAGACUAAUCGAACUAAAAAUAAAAUUCCUUGUUUGAACUGUCUUAAUUAAAAAAAAAAAAUAAUAAACAUACAACUUAAUGCUUGUAUCAAAUAAAGUUUAAAAAAGAACAUAGUUGAAUACAUGGAUGAGAAGAAUCCACUUUAAAAACAUGAAAGUGCGUGAAACAUACAAAUUAUAUAUAUACAAGACAUAAAAUUGACUAAAAUUAUCCCAAAGAAAAUAUAGCAAGCAAAGAAAAUAUGUUAAAAUUAUACCCUAUAUAUACAUUACCGAGAGCUGAUAAUCAAUAAUGAUGAAAAGUUGA